AUGCUUGGAAAAAAUGUGGGUGAAAGCCUCACUCUGAAGAAUCCUGGAAGAGUAGCAUACGAUGCAGGCGGGAUAAAGAUGUUUUGGGAGAAAAAAAUCGAGCAUCACGCAAGACACCUGCAGAACGAGGACAUGAGGGUUCGCAGGAGCGCCCUGAACAAGCUCCGAGCAGGAUGGGCUGAGCAGCUGGAGGGGAGGAACAAGAUGCUGCAGGGCCCGAGGAGGCACCCAGGCAAGGCCCCGGCGGCCGCUGAGUUUCAUACCAAGGACAAGACGGCAGCCUGAGAACCGCGGAGCUCCAGACCCUGCGUAGCUUCUGGAAGCUCAUGGAGAAAGCACACCGCCCGUGGGGUCCAAGCAUCCGCGCUGGAGUUCACAGGAUCUUCAUCAUGGAAACGGCCCCCACUUCCCUGACCUGUAAUAACCCACCUCAAGGCCACACUGUGGCAGAGACCCAGGGUUUUCCAGCACAUCACAGGUGCCCAGUAAAAGUUCAGUCAGUUGGA